GCCAUCACUGUCAAAGAGUAGGAACCAAGCCCAAGUUUGCUUUUCAUAUUUCCUUAUUGCUGGCUGGGGAAAACCCCAGGAGCACCUGAAGGCAGAGAGGGAGGGGGUAGCACAGCAUGACGUGUCCCGCAGUGUGCAGCUGAACUAAGGGCCAUAGGGCAGCGCUGCAGGGCAGGAGGCCCCAAUUCUGGUUCCGAAACGAUCCCUGGGGGCUUUCAACGCUGCACUGAGCUCAGAACAGCCGGGUCGGCGGGGCAUGGAGGGUGCGCGCCCCAAACCUCCCCGUGACCACGGCGCCCCGCAGCCCCAGCUCCGCGGGAUAAAGAUGCUGGUCCGCGUGUUCCUCGCGCUGCUGUUCGCGGCCGCUCUGUCCGUGCUCUACGUGCUGCUGUGCCGCGAUACCGCGGGGCUCAGGGUCGGCUCCUCGUACACCGCCCCCGCAGCGCUCAGCCUGCCGGGCUACAGCCGCGUCCCCGACGGGCAGCCGCUGCGCAGAGCUCCGUGCCGCCGCUGCGCCGUCGUGUCCAGCUCGGGGCAGAUGCUGGGAUCGCACCUGGGCCGGGAGAUCGACGGGCAGGAGUGUGUGCUGCGCAUGAACCACGCUCCCACCGCCGGAUUCGAGGACGACGUGGGCACACGAAGCACCGUCCGCGUCGUGUCGCACACCAGCGUCCCGCUGCUGCUCAGGAACCAGCCCUACUUCUUCCAGCAAUCCCGAGACACCAUCUACGUCAUCUGGGGUCCCAGCAAGAAGAUGAACCGAGACAAGGGCGGCCCGACCUACCGAGCGCUGCUGAGGGUGAUGGAGAGGUACCCGCAGCUGCAGCUCUAUACACUGACAGAGGAGAAGAUGGCGUAUUGCGACGACGUCUUCCAGAAUGAGACGGGGAAGAACAGGAUGAAAUCCGGCUCCUUCCUGAGCACGGGGUGGUUCACCAUGAUCCUGGCCAUGGAGCUGUGUGAGCACAUCUGUGUCUUCGGCAUGGUCAGCGACAGCUACUGCAGCCCCCACUGUGCCGACAGGGAGAAGAACCAUUCGAGUGUGCCUUACCACUACUUUGAGAAGGGGCGGCUGGACGAGUGCAGGAUGUACCUGGUGCACGAGAGGGCCCCCCGCGCCGGGCACCGCUUCAUCACCGAGAAAGCCAUCUUCUCCCGCUGGGCCAAGAGGAAGGACAUCAUCUUCACCCACCCGUCGUGGGCAGGGGGGUAGGAGAGACAGCAGUGAGGUUGGAAGCCCCUCAAUCUGCCCAGUACUGGGGGGGGGUCUGCAGCCGCUGGGGGGGCAGCAGCGGGGACCCUGCUCCAUUGGAGUAUAUGGGAGAGGGCUGGAUCCACCCAGCCCCCCCAGCUGCAGGCCCCGAGCUGGCUUGGACCCGUGCAGGAUGGAUGUUUAACAUGGGACUCAUCCCGGGAUGGACAGCGAUGCUCUGGCACUUGGUGCCACUUAUGGGGCACGUGGAGCGGGGCCGGGACCCCCUGUCCCACAGCCCCCGUGUGCCCCCUGCCUGCAGCCCGGGGCUGCCAAACCACAAGUGCCCUUGGAUUCAAACCAAAGCCGACUUGCCCAUUAAAAGCGUUUGUAAGUCCA